AGCUCGUCUUGUUUGCGGGAGUCAGAAGAUGGCGCGGACAAAGCAGACGGCGCGGAAAUCCACCGGCGGCAAAGCUCCCCGCAAACAGUUGGCCACCAAAGCUGCUCGUAAGAGCGCUCCGGCCACGGGGGGCGUGAAGAAGCCGCAUCGCUACCGUCCCGGCACCGUGGCUCUCCGGGAGAUCCGCCGCUACCAGAAAUCCACCGAGCUGCUGAUCCGCAAACUGCCCUUCCAGCGCCUGGUGCGGGAAAUCGCUCAGGAUUUCAAGACGGACCUGCGCUUCCAGAGCUCUGCCGUCAUGGCGCUUCAGGAGGCCAGCGAGGCUUACCUGGUGGGGCUGUUUGAGGACACCAACUUGUGCGCUAUCCACGCCAAGCGGGUCACCAUCAUGCCCAAGGACAUCCAGCUGGCCCGCCGCAUCCGCGGGGAGCGCAGCCUUUGGUUGGAUAGGAAAACCUCGGAUGAUUUACUUCUUCUGAGGAUGGGAGGAGGUUUUCUUGGGCAGCAGCACAGCCUGGAUAUUGGGCAGCACGCCGCCCUGAGCGAUAGUCACUCCCCCCAGCAGCUUGUUCAGCUCCUCGUCGUUGCGGACGGCCAGCUGCAGGUGCCGGGGGAUGAUCCUGGUCUUCUUGUUGUCGCGGGCGGCGUUGCCCGCCAGCUCCAGCACCUCAGCGGUCAGAUACUCGAGCACCGCGGCCAGAUAGACCGGGGCUCCGGCCCCCACGCGAUCAGCGGCAAAGGAGCGCCCAAAAAAGGCAGCAAGAAAGCGAUUCGCAAACCGCAGACUGCGGGCAAGAAGCGCAGGAGGUCGAGGAAGGAGAGUUACUCCAUCUACGUGUACAAGGUGAUGAAGCAGGUCCACCCGGACACCGGCAUCUCCUCCAAGGCCAUGAGCAUCAUGAACUCCUUUGUGAAUGACAUCUUCGAGCGCAUCGCGUCCGAGGCUUCCCGCCUGGCGCAGUACAACAAGCGCUCGACCAUCACCUCCAGGGAGAUCCAGACCGCCGUGCGCCUGCUGCUGCCCGGGGAGCUGGCCAAGCACGCCGUGUCCGAGGGCACCAAGGCCGUCACCAAGUACACCAGCUCCAAUGUAUCGGCCGCCUGCAGUCACCCGCCGUUCCACACCAUUGGAAACCGCACCAAAUUCACUCAGAUAAAGAAAGGACCGCUGCUCACAGUGCACUCGCCAUUCACAGCUCGUCUUGUUUGCGGGAGUCAGAAGAUGGCGCGGACAAAGCAGACGGCGCGGAAAUCCACCGGCGGCAAAGCUCCCCGCAAACAGUUGGCCACCAAAGCUGCUCGUAAGAGCGCUCCGGCCACGGGGGGCGUGAAGAAGCCGCAUCGCUACCGUCCCGGCACCGUGGCUCUCCGGGAGAUCCGCCGCUACCAGAAAUCCACCGAGCUGCUGAUCCGCAAACUGCCCUUCCAGCGCCUGGUGCGGGAAAUCGCUCAGGAUUUCAAGACGGACCUGCGCUUCCAGAGCUCUGCCGUCAUGGCGCUUCAGGAGGCCAGCGAGGCUUACCUGGUGGGGCUGUUUGAGGACACCAACUUGUGCGCUAUCCACGCCAAGCGGGUCACCAUCAUGCCCAAGGACAUCCAGCUGGCCCGCCGCAUCCGCGGGGAGCGCGCUUAGAC